AUUCAAAUUAACAUCUUUCCCAUGAACAGGAACCCGCGCCGGCGCGAGCCGCCGCCAUCGUCAUCACGUCUCCGCAUCACCAUUGGGAAACUGGAUGAGAAGGAGGCGAUGCAUACACCUGUCGGUACCGCCACGCCCAAAACACCACGCGAUGCCACGGACGGCUUCUCGACAGGUAUCCGCUUGAUGAGUCAAGGCGUGGCGUCUGGCAUCAGUUCGUUCGUGGUGAUGCCACUACUUGGUGCACACGAGGACGGAUUAUAUGGAUUUGCAAAGGGUAUAGUGGUUGGGAGUGCGUCGGCAAUAGCGGCGGUGGGAGGUGGCACGGUGACCGGGGUCGGUCAAAUUUUGUGGGGUAUUGCCAACACGCCGUACGCCAUCAUGUGUUCGCACGAAGACAAAGUGUGGAAUCCAGACACGCAUGAAUGGUACAUGUACCGUCUCGACGACGAGGCACGACGUCUCUUGACGAGCGACGACGACCAGUUCUCGUCCAAAGCGACAACGUGUGUGAAAGACACCAAGCUGUACGACGUACUCGGCGUCCGUUUCAACGCCACGGACGCAGAGAUCAAGAAAGCCUACCGCCGGUUGGCCAUUCAAUGGCACCCCGACAAGAACCUAACUGAUCCUGCGAAGGCGUCGCAGCAGUUUCAAGAGCUCAGCUCCGCGUACCAAGUUCUGUCGGACCGUCGCAACCGCGCCGCGUACGACGCGCGGGGGCACGACACGACGACUCCCACCUUCACAGAUGACCAACUGUACGCCAUGACGAUGCAAUGGGUGUUUGGCAACGAGCACUUUGAGAACUUUGUGGGGGACGUCAACAUAAUGCCCAACGACUUUUUCGGCCACGACGAAGUCUCGAAACGGGUUCAGAAUCGUCGCGAAGUGCAAUGUGCAGUGUUCUUGCGGGACCUCUUGGACGACGCUCAGCGUCCUAGCCCAUUUACCGACAAACAGAAACACGCAAACUUCCUCGCGACUGUGGCGGCAUUGGCCAAGGACUUGAGCUCGACCAAGUUUGGCGCGUCGUUGCUCCGCGUAGUUGGCGUCAUUUACGAAGAGCAAGCGCUCAAGCAUUUGGGGUUCCGGAACAGCGCGCCGGCGGGACUCGGGCUGCACAACAUCGCCAAGUCGGCGAGAAAAGUUGUGUCCAGGUAUCGAGUCGUGGCGUCGUACAUUAGUGCGUUUCAGUCGGUGGUGAAAGCCGCGGAAGUGAAUUAUCAUGCGAUGAAAGCUCAGGACGAUCGCAUGAAAGACGGAGAUACCAGUAGUCGCUCGGGCGAGCAGGAACAACUGCUACACCAAACGUUUGGCAGCGUGCUCGAAAUCGGAUGGCAUUGCAUCGUGUCCGACGUCGAAGCCACGAUUCGAGGAGCGUGUUUCAAGCUGCUCAAGGACUCGGCUGUGUCGACCUUACACCGAGACCGACGCGCGAAGAACUUGCUCAUCAUGGGCGAGAUCUUUCAAGCGAGCGGACAACCCCCCGAAGCAGGAUUGGCCGAAAUUCUAAACAAGUUGCUCCAAUUCAAGCAAUCGAUGAAGCCACCUCAACCCACGUCGGCGGCAUGAUGAUGGUGGUCGUACAUGUGUAUUCUAGCUUCCAACAAUAAGGAUGCAGAGAAUGGUACUCGUUUGAAUCGUGUA